AUGAGUUUCGACUCGUCGACAGACGGUUCAAAUUUGGCGAACAGUGACCGGUCUAACGGCAGUUCUCGAUCCAAACGAGACGCAAUGGAAAUAUCUCCUGGCUCAUCAUCACAUGAACGAGAUAAGAAAGGGUCUCAUGGUCAUCGAGAACAUCGUGAAAGAACCCGCAGUCACAGUGGAUCUCCAUCAAGAUUCUAUGGAAAAGAAAAACGAGGCGGUUCAAGGCAAGGAAACAGAGGAAGAGACCGUGAAUCCCGGGAUUCUGUGAGCCCCCAAUACAAACAACAGCGGGGUUGGUCGAGUCCAAAUAACUUCCGUAAAGGUGGUGGUGGAGGGAGAGAUCGGAGUCGAAAUGAUUCAAGUCGGAAGAAGAGUAAGGAACGGAGGCGCCGUGACAAAAGAAGUCGUAGCCGAAGCAGACAUCGAUCACCAAGGCGGAGUGGGUCAUCAAAGAAGAGCAAAAAGAGAAACUCGUCUGGUGGUUCAUCGUCAUCUGAUCUAAUGGACACUUCACUGAUAGGCGAAAUAAAGAAGAAGCACGGAGCUGAUAUUGGAUCAUCAAAAAACAAAAAGAAGAGAAGUACCAGGCGAAAAAGAAAUAGAAACAGCAGUUCUUCAUCAACCAGUUCUGGAGAAGUACCAGAGCCUAUUAUCUUGUCAUCGAACGGAAUGAAUUUGAAUGCUCUUCCUCCACCAACAACGUUUAAUCCUGCUUUUCCACCCAUGUUUUCUCAACCUCCACCACCACCGCCACCAGGCACGUUCAUGACCCCUCCACCCCGUCCUCCACCUCCUCCAUUCGGAAUGCCACCCCCUAUGAUAGAAUCUCAUUUUUGUGCCACUGCAAGUGUUUCAAUCAGUUCCAUACCUCCACCACCGCCUCAAAUACUUGAUGGCGCCUCGAGCUCUCGAAGAGAGGCGUUGCCUCUGCCUCCAGAGAGCAGAAGAAUAGCAACACGUCCUGUAAUCAUUACGCGACGUGGAGUUACCACAAACCGUCCUUCUGAUUCAGAUUCGUGGUACAAAACGAAUUUGACUCACUACGAGAUGCUUGAUCAAAUCGGUGAAGGCACUUACGGACAAGUGUACAAAGCAGUCAACAAAAUCACUGGUGAACAAGUGGCUCUGAAAAGAGUACGCUUAGAGAACGAAAAAGAAGGGUUCCCGAUAACAGCAAUACGAGAAAUCAAAAUUUUACGUCAACUUCAUCAUAAAAACAUCGUUCGCCUAAUUGAUAUUGUAAUAGAUGAUAUUUCGAUGGACGAGCUCAAGCGAACAAGAGCUAAUUUCUAUUUGGUAUUCGAAUAUGUUGAUCAUGAUCUAAUUGGAUUGCUCGAGUCAAAGGAGCUCGUCGAUUUCAACAAGGAUCAAAUUUGUUCAUUGUUCAAGCAGUUGCUCGAAGGACUCGCUUACAUACAUAACACCGGGUUCUUGCAUCGAGACAUCAAGUGUAGUAAUAUCCUAGUGAACAACAAAGGCGAGUUGAAGAUUGCUGAUCUUGGUCUGGCCCGGUUAUGGCAGAAGGAGUCCCGAUUAUACACCAAUCGUGUCAUCACCCUUUGGUAUCGGCCACCAGAACUUCUUCUUGGUGAUGAACGAUAUGGGCCAGCAAUUGAUGUUUGGAGUGCAGGGUGUAUGCUCGGUGAACUGUUCACUAGAAAACCAUUGUUCAAUGGAAGUAAUGAGGUGGUUCAAAUGGAAUUGAUAAGCAAAGUCUGUGGAUCACCCAAUCCUGACUCAUGGCCUGAGUUAACAGAGUUGCAAGGUUGGGUUACAUUCAAACAGCGUAGGAGCUUCCCGAGAAAAAUUCGAGAGGAGUUUGAACACAUAAUGCCAAGAGAAGCGGUUGACUUACUCGAUAAAAUGCUGACUUUGAAUCCAGAACGGCGUAUUUCUGCAAAAGAUGCACUUCUUCAUCCCUGGAUUCGGAACCUUGAACAUACAAGUGUACAGCAAUUGCAACUUCCUCAGCAUCAGGAUUGCCACGAAAUGUGGAGCAAAAAGCAAAAAAGAUCAGCCCGUCUUGGUAGACAAGCAGAGGGAUCAAGUGGAAGUGGGCAUAGUAUGCGGGCAACGUCCCAUCCCCGAGCAGCUCCUCCAACAGUGGCAACAGCUACCUCCAAUGCAUCAAGUUCCAAAACGAAUGGUACAUCAAAUAACCAUCAACAUGCUUCCUCCGUGCCACCUGUUCCAGCGGUGCAUCAAGUCCAACUACCUCAUCCCUCUGCUUCUUCUACUCAUAACAACCAUCAUCCUGUUCAUCAACAAUAUCAGCCAGUGUUUUUCAAGUGA